CUGAACUCUGCAAUCGCAUCGCCUCUCGCACUCAGAACCGGACUCCAUGUUUGGCGAGUGAAAGAUCGCGAAGAGUAGGAAGAAAGAGGAAGCGGAAAUGAUGAUGAUGACGAUGGCCGGCGACCACCACGCCCGCGCCCAUCCGACCGUCCAGAUCCCCCCGUGGGAACCCCUCGAUGAGCAGGCCUCCGGCGGCCCGUACUCCCCGUAUUCCCCCGCCGGGUACGGCGGCAAUGCCGGGGCGGGAGGGGAGUGCGGCUACGACCUGACGGCGCUGAGGCGGUACCUACCGUCGAACGAGGAGGAGGAGGAGGACGUGCGCGGGCCGGGGGAGGACGGGGUGCUGGGUUGCGACGAGUUCCGGAUGUACGAGUUCAAGGUGAGGAAGUGCGCGCGCGGGAGGUCGCACGACUGGACGGAGUGCCCCUACGCGCACCCAGGGGAGAAGGCCCGCCGCAGGGACCCGCGCAGGUUCCUCUACUCCGGCACUGCAUGUCCUGAUUUCCGCAAAGGUGCGUGCAAGAAGGGUGACUCGUGCGAGUUCGCUCACGGCGUGUUCGAGUGCUGGCUCCACCCGGAGCGGUACCGGACUCAGGCGUGCAAGGACGGGCAGAGCUGCCGCCGCCGCGUCUGCUUCUUCGCCCACUCCCCCGACCAGCUCAGGAUCCUACCCACCCAGCAGCAGCAGCAGCACCAGCACAGCCCCAAGAGCGCCACGGACUCCGAAUUCGGGUCCCCGGUCCGCCCCUCCGCGGUGGCGGCGGCCUUCGACUCCUACUUCACCAAGCCCUGGUCUGCCUCUUUCGUGUCAUCGCCGACCUCGAUCCUGACCUCUACCUCGCCCUCCAUCUCGCCCCCGACCAGCUCGCCCCCAAUGUCCCCUAACCAUCGCGGCUGCUGCGGGUCGCCUGGAUCGGUGAGCGAGCUCGUGGCCUGCAUGAGGAACAUGCAGAUCACCAAGAUGAAGAUGAGUCCGCGCGGGCAGAUGGGGUCCCUUUUCGGGUCCCCUCUCCGACCCGGGUGCCACCUUGCGGCGCCCUCGACCCCAAGGGUCGAGUCUUCCCCGCGGUACGGGCAACUCGGAGGUGGCCUCUUCGAUCUGCGGGAGGCACACCAUCACUGCGAGGAGGAUCUCCCAAUGGAGAGGGUCGAGUCCGGGAGAGAUUUGAGGGCCAAUAUGUACGCCAAGCUCAGCAAGGAGAACUCCCUAGAUGGCGCUGACCUUCUCGGGUCCGGUUCUGGUCCGGACGUGGGAUGGGUCUCUGAGCUGGUCAAGUAAAAGUCGAAGAAGCUGCUGAGUCCUCUUCGAGUGUUUCUCAGCUUCGAAUUUUUUGGGUCGAAAGAUGUGAUUUUUUUGGGGCUGGUGGGUGGGUGGCUCAGCAAUCGGUGGCCUGUGAUUCAUCUGACUUGGAUGUGUGAAUAUCUCGUGUUCAUUUCCAUUGUUGAUUACCUUCUUCUCAAGGGGUGUAAAUAUGGUGGCGGGAGAGAGAUUACAGUCUCUGUUUUGUGGUCCGAUGACUUUUGAUUUCCUUCUCUGUAGAUGAAGUUAGUAGCAUUCUUAAAUAUUUGCAAUGCAAAUGCCUAUUCUGUACAGGAAAAACAAAAACCUGGAAGGGUUGUGAUCGUUCUGGUGGGGUUGUUGGCGUUUGGGGCUUGUAUUGUUGAUUAUCCCUUUUUUUGUCGAGUCCUUAAAAUCUCUGUAUUGGCUCAUGUUUGUCGGAUCAGAAUGCUAAUUUGCCUUUCAUUU